AUGGAGAAGCAUGAGACGAUCAACGAGUUGAAUCUUGUGAAGCAGGCGACCCUUCCCACAGACGUGGAAGAUGACGUAUACAACCUUUCCCUGCGUGCGGUGAAUCCAGUAGAUAUCAAUGCUUGCAAUAUAUCACUCGAAGUUAACACCACUCCGCCGAUAUGGGAGACGAAGCCAUCCCAGAUAUGGCGCCGCAUGUGUGGCCAGAAGCCACCAAAAACAAGCAAAAAAGUGCUAGAUUGUGUCUCGGCCUCUAUGCCGAGCGGAAGCUUGACCGCGAUCAUUGGAAGCAGCGGCUCAGGCAAGACUUCCCUAUUAAACCUGAUGGCCAGCCGCAUGAGCCUUUCCCGAACCAGCAGCUGCGGAAUCACAACCUUCAAUGACGACCCUAACAUCGCGCGCAUUCGCAGCGCCUACGUCAUGCAAGACGAUGUGCUGAUCCCAACUCUAACGGUCCGUGAGACACUUCGGUACUCGGCAGACCUCCGCUUUCCACCUCCAACAACCCUAGCAGAGCGCCACGCGAUCGUGGAGCAGGUCAUCCUUGAACUCGGCCUGAAGGAGUGUGCCGACACGCGGAUCGGGAACAAUGUCCAUAAAGGUUGUAGCGGCGGCGAGAAGAGACGCACUAGUAUUGGCGUCCAGCUUCUUGCAAAUCCCUCUGUACUGUUCUGCGACGAGCCGACUACGGGCUUGGAUGCUACCAGUGCGUUCCAAAUUAUUCGAACCUUGAAGCGUCUCGCGAUGGAUGGGAGGACGGUUGUCGUGUCAAUCCAUGCGCCACGCUCUGAGAUCUGGAGCCUUUUUGAUAACGUUAUUCUGCUCGCGAGGGGGUCUGCGCUGUACAGUGGCUCUCUGGAAGGGUCAUUGGUCCAUUUCGAAGAGUGCGGGCAUGUUCUCCCGUCGUUUGUCAAUCCGGCUGAGUUCUUAAUUGAUCUAGCUGCUAUUGAUAAUCGGACAGAAGAGCUUGAGACUGCUUCAAAUGUGAGGGUUCAACGACUGACGGAGGUAUGGAGAUCAAAGCAUGCACAUGUGAUUGCAAAGGACCAGGAUGGUAGGGAGAAAGAGGCCCCGAAAAAUGUCCCAACACAUGAAUCGGUUAACCCUCAAAAUGAGAUCGUCAAGACGGUCUCAUUUCGCAGACAAUUCCACGUAUUAACCUCGCGCACUUUCAAGACCACCAUCCGUGAUCCAAUGGGUGUUGCUGGCAGUCUUCUUGAAGCUGUCGGAAUGGCUGUUAUCAAUGGAUGGAUUUUCUUGCAGCUCGAUGAAAGCCAGUCGGGAAUCCGUUCGCGAGAGGGCAGUUUAUACACGGCCAGCAGCUUGAAUGGCUACCUCAUUUUGCUGUACGAGACCUAUCGUCUGACAAUUGACAUUCGUCUGUUUGACCGAGAACACAACGAAGGCGUGGUCAGUGUGCCGGCUUUCCUCCUGAGCCGGCGAGCAGCCCGGUUGCCAUUGGAGGAUCUUCCUGUGCCGCUGAUUUUCUCACUCAUAUUCUACUUCAUGGUAGGAUACAGACUAGAUGCGGGUCAAUUCUUUAUCUUCUUCGUUCUCACACUACUCACGCACUAUAUCGCCGUGACUUUUGCUGCGGUGGCCAUUAGUGUGGCAAGAAGUUUUCCUGCCGCCAGUCUGGUGGGCAAUCUCUCCUUCACGUUGCAAUCCUUUGCAUGCGGAUACUUUGUCCAGUCUAAUCAAAUUCCGGUUUACGUGAGGUGGUUGAAGUGGUGUGCAUACACGUUCUACAUCUUCGGUGCACUGUGUGCCAAUGAGUUUAUUGGAGUGAAUGGCUCGGAACCGGGGCAUUUCUAUGCCUGUCCAUAUUCUGAAGAUCCACUUGACCCAAGAUGUAAGGAGUACACUGGCCAAUAUAUCAUGGAGAGUCUGGGAUUGCCAUCCAAUUGGAUCUGGCGGCCCAUCGUCGUGCUCGUUGCGUUUGUCCUUGGCCACUAUCUCUUUGCUGGGUUAUUACUGCAAUACAAUCGAUUCGCGAUUGAUGUUGCUCAAGCACGGACUAGCGAGGGUGUAUCACCAAGUGGGAAAGCAAAGAUAGCGAUCCGCCCAUCUCAAGAGGCACGCAAGGUAGCUAUCUCACUCGACCAAUAUGCGCUGGAGAUUCGAAAGAGACGUUUUCCCUGGCAAUCUGCGCAGACUUUACAGAUUCUCAGACCUAUCACCGCGCAGUUCCAGCCUGGGCAGCUGAACGUUAUCAUGGGCCCAUCAGGAAGUGGCAAGACAUCACUCCUGAACUCCAUAGCCCGUAGGCUACAUGGGUCUAUGGGCACACAGUACCGCAUUCAGGGAAACAUGCUAUACAAUGGCGCUGUACCCUCAGAAAGCGUUAUCCGCUCUGUGACAUCAUUCGUCACACAAGACGAUGAUGCUUUAAUGCCUUCUCUCACAGUACGAGAGAGUCUACGCUUCGCGGCAGGCCUGCGCCUACCAACCUGGAUGUCUCGGGAAGACAAGAACCGACGCGCAGAAGAGAUUCUGUACAAAAUGGGACUGAAAGAGUGUGCAGACAAUCUCAUCGGCAGCGACUUGGUCAAAGGCAUAAGCGGCGGCGAGAAAAGGCGCGUAACAAUCGCAAUCCAAAUUCUCACAGAUCCCAAAGUCCUUUUGCUGGAUGAACCAACUUCCGGUCUGGAUGCCUUUACGGCAAUGUCAAUUAUUGAGCUCCUGAACAGUCUAGCGGCCGAGGGCCGCACCCUUAUUCUAACACUGCACCAAUCACGCUCAGACCUGUUCACUCACUUCUCGCAGGUGCUUUUACUGGCACGCGGAGGUUACCCCGUCUACGCUGGCCCAGGAAGCACAAUGCUCGCGCAUUUUGCGGAGCAGGGGCACGAUUGUCCGCGAACAACCAACCCAGCGGACUUUGUACUGGAUCUUAUCACCAUAGAUCUCCAGCAAGCAGAUCGUGAGAUGGUCACACGGGAACGCGUCCAGGGCCUCAUUGCCCGAUGGCAUGAUAGCCCUCUCGAGCUGAGACUAGGACGCGAGGAGUCCCACAUCGCCACGCCUGCCGAACUCGGCAGUCUCAAGCGCCAAAUGCUGCCAUUCCGAGUGACGUUUCCGCUCGUGUUGCACCGCUCAAUUGUCAAUUUCUGGCGCCAACCACCGCUGAUCAUGGCGCGGUCGAUGCAGAUCCCGGGAAUUGCGAUCAUCAUGGCGCUGUUUUUUGCACCGCUAAAGAAUGACUAUGUGGCUGUGCAAUCUCGAAUGGGGUUUAUCCAGGAGUUUGCGGCAUUGUAUUUUGUUGGCAUGCUUCAAAAUAUCGCUAUCUACCCCAGUGAACGUGACGUGUUCUACCGCGAGGAAGCAGACAAUUGCUAUACUGCUUCGACGUUUUUACUCAGCUACACGGCCAUUGAAAUCCCCUUUGAGAUAGUCUCUUCGCUGAUCUUUGGCGCUUUGGCAGCGUUCGCUGACAACCUGCAGCGCACAGUGACUAUGUUCUUAAUCAGUGCGUUCAACUGCUUCUGCAUCAUUAGCUGCGGCGAGUCCGUGGGAAUAGUGUUCUGCACGUUGUUCUCCCAUGUCGGCUUUGCCGUGAACGUGACCUCUAUCCUGCUGUCUAUUUCUACCAUUCUCGGAGGUGUCAUGAGUCUCAAUGUGAAUGAUGUUUUGCAGGCGCUCAAUCAUCUCUCGCCUAUCAAAUACGCCAUUGCUAACCUGGCACCGUAUUCAUUACACGGGCAGGUGUUCCAUUGUUCUGUUGCACAACAGCUUGCUGAUGGCAGCUGUCCCAUUGACUCUGGAGAACAGGUGCUUAGACUCUAUAAUUUAGACAAGAGCGGUCCUAUGAAUGUUAUGGCGCUAGGGGUCUGUACGAUCGUGUAUCGAUUGAUUGCUUAUGGAUUUCUCAAGGCGACGAGAACAAGUAGACUGAUGGAGCGGUGGAGGGAGUGGCGGGCUCAAAGAAGUGCUUGA